AAGGAUUAAGCAGGAAGAGUCGUUCAAUCAACACUGCACUUCUGUAUACCCCGCGUAUUCAAAGUUUGCUCUACAGAAACUCAGUAGUUUUUUUCUUGGAGAACUAUGAGGUGUGCUGCAAAGAUCUUUGUUCCUAUAGGGAUCGAAAUAAUAAAAUUGGUGGUUUAUGCAUAUGAAUAUCUCACUUGGCCACUGUACUAUCUAUUCAGCAAGACUUUGAGGUACAUGCCGCUCCCAAAUUCACCUGUUGAAAGCGAUUGGACUUAUAAUGAAGAGGAAAGUCGUACUCUGGCAUUGCCUGUACGGGAUGGUGAUCCUGGUUCACCGUGGAGAGCAGUUGAAGCACUUGAUGGCCUGACAACUGGAUUACCUGGAUGUAAAGAUCUAGUUGACAUAUGGCUUCGCACAGUAAAAUUGUGGCCUGACCUGCCUGCUUUUGGCACAAGAGCUGUUCUGAAUACAGACUACAAGACUUCUCCUGAUGGACGACAAAUGAUUGAAUUGACUUUGGGUGAAUAUUCUUGGGAAACAUUUUGGGACGCUGAACGUCGUGUGUCUAAUUUAGCAGCAGGUUUGUAUUCAAUGUUGGGGUCCGUCAGAGAAAGUAAUCAACCAAUUGCAAUGUUCAGUGAAACAAGAGCGGAGUGGAUGUUCGCUGCGCAGGCCUGCUUCCGUCUCAAUAGACCUGUUGCUACUUUGUAUGCCACACUGGGUGAGGACGCAUUAGUGCAUGGAUUCAAUGAAACACAGGCUGUAGUCGUAUUUACAAGUGAUGAACUCCUGUCUAAAGUGAUUAAAAUUGUCCAAAGAUGUCCUUCAAUUCAACGCGUUGUCUAUUUCACAAAUGGAAUCUUCAAUCGGGAGCUUUAUACAGAAGUUGAUAAUAUGGCUGUACCGACAGGAAGUGCUACAGCUAGUAUUGCUGAAGCAUUAACAAAAUGCCCACCAAACUUGCAUUUACACGAUAUUAUUGAAGUAGAACGCUUGGGUGCUGCUGUGAUCAUGAAAGAAAAAGAGAAGCAGAAAGCGAACGGCGCUUCGCCAACUGCAGGUGAUAACAAUCAUUCUUUGAAUGGCUAUGAAGGUUUGUGGAUGCCUCCUGCGUCAGAUCGGGUCAAGCCUUCGGAUUUGGCUGUGAUUAUGUAUACAAGUGGAUCAACAGGUCAACCAAAAGGUGUUGAAAUGACUCAUGAGAACUUAGUCAGUGCUAUAGCUGGCCACCUACAACGUUUACCAAAACUUCGUAGUAACUACGACAUAUAUAUUGGUUAUCUACCGUUAGCCCAUGUACUGGAGCUGACCUGUGAAUUGUGCUGUGUCAUUAUGGGUGUCAGGAUCGGUUAUUCAAACCCACAAACGUUGACAGACACAUCUUCACGUAUCAAACGGGAUUACUGUGUCGGUGAUGUUACCCUACUACGACCGACUCUUUUUGCCAGUGUACCUACUGUGCUGGAACGUAUUUCUAAAGCUGUUUGGGAAAAAGUUAACGCUGGAGGGGAAUUCCUUCAAGCGCUCUUUAAAUUUGCUUAUGCUUACAAGUGUCGACGAAUCCAUGGUGGAUUUCCCAGUUUUCUUGUGGAUCGAUUAGUUUUCCGUAAGGUUAGAUCACUUAUGGGUGGUCGAAUUCGUUAUAUUGUUUGUGGUGGAGCACCAUUGUCAGAAGAUUCACAGUUAUUCACAAAUAUAUGCAUAGCACCGAUCGUUCAAGGUUAUGGACUCACUGAAACUUGUUCUGCUGGUGCUUUAAUGGAAUGUGGUGACCUACGAUGUAAUCAUACUGGCGCACCUCCGUCGACUGUACAAAUUCGUCUGAGAGCUUGGCCUGAAGGUGGUUAUUCUCCGUACGAUACCCCGUCACCACGUGGAGAAAUUCUUAUUUCGGGUAAACCUGUUUCACGAGGCUAUUAUCGACAACCUGAAUUGACGGCGAGAGAUUUCAUCACUGAACCAGACGGCACUCGAUGGUUCUGUACAGGCGAUAUUGGAUUAAUGCAUACAGAUGGAAGUCUAUCAAUUAUUGAUCGUAAAAAAGAUUUAGUCAAAUUACAAGCUGGUGAAUAUGUUUCAUUAAGUAAAGUUGAACUGGCGCUUAGUCAAUCAAUUUAUGUAGAACAAAUCUGUGUAUAUGUUGAUCCAUCACAAAAUUAUCCUAUAUGCUUUGUAUCACCAAAAUUGAAACCACUUCUUGAACUAGCCGAAUCAUUGAAUCUACUUCAUUUACUUGAUGAAGCACGUGCAACACUACCAGAACAAUCAUUAAAAGAUCCAGUUGCCAUUGAACAUGUUGAACGUAUUGCACUUUGUAAACAUCCUCAGAUCAUAUCUGCUGUAUUAAAAGAUUUACAUCGUGUUGCCAGAGAGAAACGUUUAAGUUCAUUUGAAAUACCUCAAAAAGUUGGCUUAGAUACAAUAGCUUGGACACCAGAUACUGGUUUAGUCACAGAUGCAUUGAAAUUGAAACGUUUCAAUCUACAAACUCGUUUCCAACGUGAAAUUGAAGAACUCUAUCAAAAGGAUACACGAGCUUAAUUUCUCUAUUGCAUUCUCCGUCUUCUUCAAAAUAAAGAAAAAAAAUAAUAACAAUGACAGUAAUACACUAGUAAUGAUAAUAAAGUAUAUAUACAAUGUUAUACAAUGUUAAUAUGGACGCAGAAAUGUUUGCACAUUCCAUUCCCAUCGUAUGUAUUAUAUAUGUAUACAUAUAUACAUCUAUUAUUAUCUAAACGGAUUCUUACAGCUUAAUUGCUAUAAUUGUCAUUAUUAUAUAGUGUUGAAAGUGUUUGUUGACUAAUCAGUGUUAAAAGAUAUUCGUGUAUGUGCACAACAUACUGAUUGUGCAGUACAUAAUAGACAGACGGAGGUAGAUAGAGAGACAGAGGGAGGCAGUGAUUUAAGAAAUUGCUCUUGUUGUUGUUAUUGUUAUUGUUGUUACUCUUCGUUAUUUUUUGCGUUUAUUUUCUCUCUUUGCAAUUACCAAUUUAUUGUAUUCUCAUCACUUUAUAUAUUGGCCUUUGUGUAUUUUGUAGUUUUACCUACUAACUCACUCUACGUGUGUGUGAGUGUGUGUGUGUGGGCAUUAAUCAUCACUCUAUGUACGCUUGUGAUUGUUUUCCUGUUUGCUGAUACUAUUCUGUUAUUCUUAUUACUGCAUUGGAAUUAACAACUUUCUCUUGCACAGUCUAUGAUAUAUAUACAUAGUCAGUUGGUACUCAAUUGGUUAUCAAUACUUCCAUCAUCAUCGUCACUACAUUCUUUCAGCAUAUAUUCUAUUCAGCUAACGUGGAUGACUACAGCUAAUCAUCAUACUAAUGGUAGUGUAUAAUAAUAUAUACAUAUACAAAAUAUACAAAGACGCACAAUUCUCUACUCUCUAUUUUCAUUUCAUACGCGUGCAUCAUUCAUGCAUUCAUUCAUCAGUGUUACGCAUGACUUCUACCACACAUACAACCAAUUUAAUUUUGAAGUGUUUUUUUCGAUAACUUUACUACCUAUCGUCUCCGUCUCCAUCAUUUUCACUGGGGCUUUCUUCUUUUCAUCAUAUUAAUUGUUUUGUUUUUUAAUUUCAUUAAUUUUGCCACCUCUUUUCUUGAUGAUGACAUUGUUAUUGUUGUUAAGGGGUGAUGUACACGUGUGUGGGUGUGUAAGUGUUUUUCUUGUCUCUUCACAAUGCGUGCUUGUUUGUUCGUUUGUGUGUGUAUGUGUGCCUCUAAUGUAACUUUGCUCCAUGUUUGCUUCCUUUACUCUUUCUUUAGUAAAUAUUUGUAUACGUAAUGAUAUAAUAGUAAUGGUAAAUGAGAUAAGAUGUCAAUUAGAAAAAAAAGACAUUAUUUCCAUUGUGGCUUUUGUUUACCAUUGUUUUUUCUGUUGUUGUUGUUGUUGUAGUGGUGGUGGUGGUGGUGUUACUUCACUUCACUUUAUUCUCAUUUUUAUAAUCUAUAUAUUUAUGUAUGUGUGUGUGUGCGUGGGUGGGUGGGUGGAUGUACUUAUGUGCUUAUUAUUUAUGUAAUAAUGCGCGUGUACCUCUAAUUUUUCACGAGAAUAACUCCCCAUAUACUCUGUUCUCUCUUUGCACAGGGCAUUUUCCACCUGAAUGCUUCUUUUUUUCUUCAAUUUGUCGCCUUGUAAUUCUUUGCAUUUAUAUAUAUAUAUAUAUAUAUAUAUAUAUAUGCAGAAAAAGAAUGUGUGUAGUCA